CAAUGUAUUUGAUUUUGUAUGUAGUUCAAAUUGUGCACAAACCCAUUGGUAUACCCUUUAUUUAGUACAGUGAAAUUACUCUUUCAUGGCAACUCUUCUGAUGCUUUUCCUGCCUGCCAUUUAAAGAGCUCACAUGAACACCAUGAACAGUCCAUAUCCAGCAAGUUAAUAGCCCUCAUCUUCUUCACUGCCUUAUCUUCGACUAUUUACUCCCACACCAUGUGCAAUAAAUUCAAAGAAUGAAUCUUUUUGGUUAAAAUUUAACAGCACUUUACAUUUAAACAUCACAUAAUGAGUAUUAAUUCGGCCUUUAAUUUGCAAUCUAUGGUUGCAAGGAGGUUUAAGUCAAGAAACAAAGGUCUAAUCUCCCUUUCAUGUAAUCUUUUUCCUCUCUCUCCUAUUUUAACCUCCAAUUCAGGACUCUAUAAAAGCCUAACACUUCCCUUCUGAGCCAACAAGCCCCACGUCAGAAAAUCCUGAAAAAAGAAGAUACUCUUCCCCACCUAAGAGCUUUCUCUCUCUUUCUCUUUCCUACACAUCUAACUUCACAUAAGCCAAAUGACAUUCACAUGUCUUUGUUUCUUUUGUAGAAGAUAAAUUUCUUCAGCUUUUGUUUACAGUUGGAUCUCCACCAACUCUCAUGCUACUUAUCCUCUACAACAAUAACUCAUCUUCAACUAUAUGAUAAUUCUUUGAUUGGUAUUCACUAAAAUCCAACUGUUCAUAGAGUUGCCUAUCUGAAGCUCUUUUUCCCCUUUCUCUCAAACUUUUGCUGCCAUGAAUCCGCUAAUUCUCUUCAUUCUCUCAUCUUUAUUCAUCAAAACAAUAUCUUUAAAAGUCGAGCCGGCUAAAACAAAUGCCCAUAUCACUGUAAUGGGUUUUGUCUAUUGUGACAUCUGCUCCAACAACAGCUUCACCAGACACAGCUACUUCUUACCAGGUGCAGGAGUUAAAAUAGACUGCAAGUUCAAAGCCAGCUCACCAAAAGUCAAAGAACAAGUAUCUUUCUCAGUAAACAGAACAACAAAUAGGUAUGGAGUUUACAAGUUGGAAAUACCGUCUGUUGAUGGGAUUGCAUGUGCAGAAGCAGCAAUUGAAUCAUCCUGUGAGGCAACCUUAAUGUGGAGUUCAUCUAAAUCAUGCAAUGUUCCUGGAUACAAAUCCACAUCAGAUCAGAUAUCAAUCAAAGCCAGACGAGCUAAUCUCUGCAUCUAUAGCCUUAAUGCAAUGAAUUACAGACCAUCCAAGACCGACCUUGCGCUAUGCGGAAACUAAGAAGAAGAGUUCUCAAGUUUUCUCCACCUUAUAUCACUUAUAUAUGGCUUUCUUUUGUCUAAAUAAAAUGUCCACCUUUCUCUUUAGUUGCCCUUCCGUUCCUUCAAUACGAUCCCUCGAAAUAAGUAAACUUCCCAUUGCCCAACUCAAUCACAGUUUUCACCAUUUCCUACCCUGCACACAAUCCGAGGCAUGCAGUACACCUCGGGAGCUAGUUAUUAGUUUCCUUCUAUUCAUUAUGUUGGCUUGUUCAAGCUUAUACUAAAGAUUUGUGAACUUUAAAGUUCAGGUCAGCUAGGUUUAUGCCACUGUGUGUGUAUAAUAGUGUAUGUCUCCUCUUUGUAAAAAAUGUAAUUUAGAUAAAAAGUAUGCUAGCACUUAAAAGCAUUGCCUACAGUGACGAAGUUUUGAUCAUUUUGAGAAUCAUAUAAAUCCAAAAGCGACACGUUAUGUUA